AUGAUUUGCUUAACAGAAACUUGGUGUUCUGACGAAUCAUCCAGAAUAAAUUCAAACCUAAUAAUUCCAAAAUACAAACUAUUAUCUUAUGAGCGAAAAAUUCAAAAACGAGGAGGUGGAAUUAUGACAUACAUUCAUAAUGAUCUGACAACUAAAAUUAGAGACGAUCUUUUGGUUUCUGAUGCCGAUGGUGAGUAUUACUUUAUUAUAUUAGUUUCGCUUCAAGAUAUUAAUAUGCAAAAAGCUUUCAAGUUAAUUGUGCGAUCAGAUCAACAAGUUGUAUCAAGACAAACAUUACCUGAAGCUAUGUUAGAAUCAUACAGCAAAUGUGAUCCUGUCCCCAACCUUCAAGCACUUACUGUGUUUCGUCAUGAUGGCAAAGAUGCCCUUAAGUUCUAUACAGAUCCUGACUACUUUUUUGAACUUUGGAAGCAAAAAAUGAGUGUUGAAUUAGAAAGUAGAAGGCGUAAAAAGAAAAAAGAAAAUCGUGCAAAAAAACAAGAUACAGAAAAAAAGAUAGUUAAAGGAGUGAAGAAGAAAGAUGUUGGUAGAAAUGUUCCUGAUUGGGAAAUACAAGCUGGAAAACAAACACAUAUCCAAGAUGUUUGUGGAGAUACUCCAGAGAAAUCCAUAGAUUUGAAAUCUAGAACUCCAUCAAUUUCAUCAAAUAUUUUGCCGGGAAUCAAUGGCUCUCCAAAUUUUUCUCAAGAAAAAGCUGCAAAACGUAUGUCUACGACUUCAUUAAUAGGUAGACCAACAUCUGCUCCACCACCUCCUCCUCCUCUAUCUUUGGGUAGUAUGUCUCCAGUAUCAGUUUCUGAAUUACCUCAAUCACCACCACCAGCACCACCUCUUGGUCGUCAAAGUUUUGUACAAGCUAAACCAAACUCUCCACCACCACCACCUCCACCUCCUAUUGCAGUUGCAUUUACUCCAGAUUCAUCUAUUCCUCCACCACCUCCACUUGAUUUUAAUAAAACAGCUAUAGGGAAUCCUCCAAUGCCACCUCCACCUCCUACUGUUACUACAGUGCUGCCGCCACCUCCCCCACCUGUGGGUGUUAUAUCUAGUGGUCUCUUAAGUAGCGUCAAGCUAAGUGCUGCCAAACCACCUCAACCUGUUGAAGUUGAUCCACGAAACGAUUUGUUAGGUGCUAUUAGAAAAGGUAUGAAUCUUAAAAAAACUCAGCAAAUAUCAAAAGAGGAAAAACAACUUACUAUGGGAAAUGAUGUGGCUUCUAUUCUUGCACGACGUAUUGCAUUGGAAGUAUCAGAUAGCGAAGAAGAUGGUGAUAGUGACACUGACGAUGACUGGAGUGAUGAUGAAUAAUUUUUAUAUAUUUUAAAUAAUUUUAAAAAUAACUUUUAUAGUAAAA